AUGUUCAAGCCAUCACCUCAAAUGAUGGCGCGCCUGCGCCUCACGACCAAGCAGGUCGGUGGUGGGUACUACAAGGGUACUCGCACGGGCUCAAUGGGUCACUUCGAGAAGAAGGGGAAGUACGUGCUGGAUUGGGCCAAGAUCCGCACAUAUGUUGCUCCAGAUGACUUGGAUGAUUUCAAUCUCACACCAUUCGUCUCGAACCAAGUGGAUCCAAAGCGGGAUAAUUACGUCCAGACCCUCCAUCGAAACGGGCGCGAAGUGAGAGUCGUCGAUAGAAUGAAGGGCAGUGACUAUCUGCAGUUGUGGAACGAGUUGAAUAUCGAAGAAGUCAGCCAGCAUGAGGCCGAGAGAGAGGAGGCCGAGAGGGCAGAGCGGCUGCGUGAGGCUGCAAAGCCUGUCAGCCCAUGA